CUUGUUGUGUGGUCGAUCAAGUCGGAACACUAUUGGAAUUGCGGUCAGCGAGGCAGAUGGAGAACUUUGCCGAGGUAUGGUCGGCGGGAUGGAAUAGCCAUGACCUGGACACGAUCCUGAGCCACUACACGGACGACAUCGAGAUGACAAGCCCGUACAUGGUCCAAGUCAUCGGCGUCGGGACUUUACAGGGGAAGUCCGCGCUGCGGGAAUACUGGCGCCAAGGCCUGGACCGGAAUCCGGCGCUCGAGUUUCGCGUGCUCGAUGUCGCGUACGGCGUCGACAUGGUCUCGAUCUACUACCACUCGGUCACGGCCAAGAAGAACGUGAUCGAGUCGUUCUGGUUUCGAGACGGCCGCGUUUACAAGUGCAACAGCGCGUAUGCAGCAUGAGGAUCGCGGUUACAGCGUGCGGGAAGCCACCAAGCGCGGCCGCCAUCCCUACCACACUCCAUAGCGGUGGUCUCCCCAACGUAAUGCAAUCCAAUGGAUCGUUGAAUUGUUGCCGAA